GUGCGAUGCUGUGUGCAUGGUGUUGCGUUCUGCAUCUCGAGUGCAAUCGUGCCUUUGCGAAUUCGCGCGGCGGGAAGUAACGUCCGGCGUUUCGGUGGAAGCGAAACGUGUCCGUCGUUGACCGUUGACCAACCGAAGCCAACGUAGUGAAGAAGCCGCGCGUGCCGCAGGUUUUCCACCCCUUCUCAUUAUCGCGACUUCGAUUCGCCUGUCAAGCACGCGCUACCGACGAUAAUAAUACGACGAGAAACGACGGGGAGCUCACGCAAGUAACACGAUUCCUUUGGCCGUGGUAAAUGUAUCUGGAAACAUGGAUAUUCAUGAUUGUGCACAUGAUCUAUACUCAAUGUGUUGCGGAAGAGAGUAUCGUCGAACGUGGGUUAUGCGAGAGCUACAAAUCCGGGGAAGACGACCUUCAGACGUUCGAUUUUAUUAGCAAGCUAAAGCUGGACCUGUUGAAGGCGCAUUACAGCGGCGUGACGAAAGUCAGAGGCAGCAACCGCAUGCAAACGGCAUACCGGCUGGAGAAAGAUACUGAUGUCACCCUCCCGACAAGGAACAUCACACCCAAUGGAUUUCCGCAAGAGUUUACGUUGGUGUACACGUUGCGAGCGAGGAAAAUACCCAAGUACCCUUGGCACAUCGUUAGGGUCGUGGACGCGGAAGGUAGCCCGCAGUUUCUCAUCACCAUGAAUCCCAGAAAACGGACGCUGGACUUCUCGCUGAUUGACCGCGAGGGAAAAUUGCAGACUGUCUCUUUCGUGAACGAUCGCAUGUUCGAUAAGAGCUGGCACAAAUUAAACUUCGGGGUGCACAAGGACAAGCUGGUGCUUCACGUCGAUUGCGAACAUAUUGGCACGGAAAAUCUGAAGCCACACGGACCGAUUAAAGUCGAUGGCAAUUUGUCAAUAGCCAAAAUGAGUAACAGUAGAAUUACAGUGCCGAUCGAUCUACAAUGGAUGGUCCUAAACUGCGACCCCACGAGACCAGAACGAGAAACAUGCGAAGAACUACCAAUGAACAUAGCCGCUCCGCUAUCGCAGAUAAAACCCGCUUGCGAGACAAUCUGUCCGCAGGGACCACGUGGGUUCAACGGCACGAACGGCUCACCUGGACCACCCGGAGCACAAGGGGCGAUAGGUGCACCAGGUUUAUCUGGACUUCCGGGACAACGUGGAUUAUCGGGAGAACAAGGAAAAACAGGAGCUCCAGGUAAUACCGGUGCGAGAGGUUUUCCAGGUCUGCAAGGUCUCAAAGGAUUAGCCGGACCUAUGGGUCCUCAAGGAUUACCAGGAUUUCCAGGACGAAAAGGCGAUCGCGGUGAAAGGGGUGAUAUGGGUUUCCCGGGUCUGAAAGGAGAUCAAGGUCCUCGAGGAUUCCCUGGCCCGCCAGGGGACAUAAGCAGCAUGGUAGGUGGAUUAUCGCGUGCUACUGGGCCUUCUAUCGUGGGUGAAAAAGGACCUAAAGGAGAACGAGGGGAUAAUGGAACUCCGGGUUAUCCGGGUGAAAAGGGAGAACGUGGGGAAAGAGGACACCCGGGAUCAGAUGGAUCUCGUGGACAGAAUGGUGCGCCUGGUCCUAUGGGACCAUCCGGACCACCUGGAGCCAAAGGAGAUACUAUAUUCAUUAACUCACCUAGCAUUCCAGGACCACCAGGUCCUCGUGGUAUAACAGGGCUGCCGGGGCCAACAAGCUUACCUGGACCGCCAGGACUACCAGGACCUCCAGGAUUACUAGGUCAAACGGGUCCGAAGGGUGAUGUCGGAGAACCUGGACGAGAUGGUACACCAGGAUUUGUGGAUAGUAGCGUAAUACCAGGACCUCCCGGUCCCGCAGGACCUAUCGGACCUCCUGGCGAAGACGGAUUUCCAGGUGCCAAAGGAGAAGUCGGAGCGGUAGGUCUUCCAGGACUACCUGGUGCUCCAGGAAAAGACGGAAUUUCAGGAUUACCGGGACCGCAGGGACUUCCAGGAAUGCGGGGAGAUCCGGGUUCGCCAGGAUCUCGUGGUUUAGAUGGGUUCGUUGGAAAACCAGGACCGCCAGGACUAGAUGGGAAGCCAGGCCAAAAAGGGAGCAAAGGACAAGAAGGCGAACAAGGUCCUGUCGGACCUCGCGGGUUACCGGGAAGCACGGGCGCAAGUGGCUCGUCAGGUGCACCAGGUAUACCGGGAUUAGAAGGAAGACCAGGCUUACCAGGACUUCCGGGGCCGCCAGGACCAUCAGGACCUCCUGGUAAUUCAGUUCAAAUCGAAGAUAUACCUUACCCAAAUAACAGCUUUGAAAAUAUCGGUAGUCCUGGUCUGGACGGACCCAGAGGCCCGCCUGGUGCGCCAGGAAUUCCAGGUGAAAGAGGAGCCCCUGGAGAACGAGGACCAGAGGGACAGAUAGGACCAGCCGGAAUGCCUGGCAAGGAUGGAGCACCCGGUCUACAAGGUCCGCCAGGGAACAGAGGUCAAACGGGUAUGCCGGGGCUUCAGGGGUCACCGGGACGUAGUAUCAGCGAAGUGGAGAUCCGAGAUAUUUGCGCCAGUGUGCUGAGAGAACGGAUGACCGAGAUGGCAGCGCUGAUGCAAGGUUCACCUGGUCCUCCUGGCCGAGGCCGUCCAGGCCGUCCUGGUUCACCUGGUUCCCAAGGUCGCCCAGAGAGGCUGAAAGAACUAACAGACGGUCUACGAGGGCUGCCCGGAUUGCCAGGACUGGCUCGACAGGGCCGUCCCGGUCGAGCCGGAAUUCGGGGCAUUCCAGGCGAUCCGGGAUCUCCAGGUCUGCCGGGAGAACGUGGAUUCGUCGGUUUACCGGGUCCACAGGGUCCCACAGGACCGCAGGGUCCUCUUGGCGAACGUGGAGAAAAAGGAGACAGAGGUCCGGAAGGAAUCGGUUUAGAAGGACCACCUGGUCCAAGAGGGCUGCCAGGACCUCCAGGCAACGACGGGGUUGGUUUAACUGGGAGACAAGGAGACAGAGGCGAACCAGGUAGACCAGGUGUUCCUGGUAUGAGAGGAACGCCAGGAGCGCAUGGACCACCCGGAUUUUGCGAAUUCUGUAAUUAUCCUAGUAAUACUUAUCUGCAGUACAGUCGUGGUAACGAGAAAGGUCCUUGAGGCAUGAUAAUGAACACAGAUAAAAACAAAGGAAAUUUCUGAACAGCGGGUGAAAUAUCGCGUAAUAAUUUGAUGUAUUUUCGAUAUAAACAUUCAAGGUUUAAGCAUUUAUCGCCAGACUGCAAGUCUCUGCGGAUUCUUAACAAAUCACUGCCAUGCAAAGAUAGCAUUUCUUUUUUUAAUUAGUACUUAAUUACAAAUUUUAACAUUGCCCCAGCA